AUGGACCAUCCACAUGCUGCUAGCCUGGAGUUCGAGAGGGUCGAGGACGACUCGGGAGACGAGAGCUCCCAGACAACCAUUUUGGUGCCUGGCGCAGGAACUGCGCAUGCGUGGAUCCCCUCAGUGAAUGGGUCAUUGAGGGCCCGAGUGCAUCCGGGAGUUGCGAGGCGGCCGGCUGACCGCCAAGACAACUGGAGCUUGAGGGACGAAGAAUCGAGCCAGGCGAGCUGGGAGGAUGGCGACGGCUGGUCCUGGGCUUGGAGCAGCUGGGCGUCCUCGACGUGGAGGCCCGAUCCGUGGGGCCAGUACUUGGACUCCAACCGGCCAGGCUGGAGAGGGGGUCGUGCCAAUUGGGAUGAAGAGCCCGCUUCGUCGAGCUCUCCUGAGGGUUCGGCAGUGCCACUGCCUCGGCUGCUGUCGAGGUACGAGAAUGCCACUGAGCCGAAGCCGAACGGCCCUCCUCGCGAAGUUUGGACCGAACCUGGGGCGGCGGCAGCGGGGCGGCCAGUUCCUCGCUCGCUUCAGGAUGAAAUUGCAGUUGCUCGACGCCCUCCGGACGAUGGACGUGAUCCUAGAGCUCCUGGUGCUCUUGUCGGUGAGUGUCAGGGGCAAGUCACGGAAGAGCACGCCGCAGACUCCGCAACGGAGGGCAAGGGCAAGAGUCAGGGUGCCUCGAAGUCCGGGGAGUACUUAAGGUUGCACAGUUCAUUUCCCCCCGAGUUCCGAGCCCGACCUGGUGAAUCUUGGAAGGACUAUUGGCGUGGCGUUGAGUUCUGGCUUGCUUCAGAAGGGUCGAACCUUCCUCCUGCGGUUCGAGGCUCGCGGUUGAUGCAAUCGAUGAAGGAGCGGGCGGCGAAGAUUGUGGCGCACCUCAGUGUCUCAGAUGUGGCAUGCGAGAAUGGGGUGGCCCUCAUCCGGAACGAGAUGGAGAAAUCGCCGAUAAUCCGGCUCCUGGAGCACAAGGAGGUGGACCGGAAGAGGCAGAAGUUCAUGCGCCUGAAUCGAUACCCUGGGGAGUCGCUGGAGAGCUUCAUCAACAGGGCCUCGAUCUACAGGCACGAGAACGACUCCUGCCAGAACUACAGGGUUGGGUCCCAGUUCUACCUCGGCCACCUCUUGGAUGCGGCUCGAUUGACACGGAAGGACCAGGCCUUGGUGAAGACGGCGGCGGGAGGCCUCAAGGACGAGCACCAGGUGGUCAAUGCGAUGCUGGAGUUGGCAGACCAGCUGGAGGGCCAGGCGGGGUACCCCAUCGGGAAGGGUGAGCCAGACCUUCCGGAUGAGGACCAGUUCCUCGUUCAGAAGAAAGGAGACUUCGUAUCUCGGCGAGAGGACGGCCAUGCAGAUCGUCGACGGGAAGGAGAUCGGGAUCGUAGACGGCACAUUGGGGGACGAGGAAAGGACGGCCGCUUCAAGCGCUACCAGAAGUGGAAGCAGGUUUUCCACGCGAUCCUGGAAGACGAUAGUGAUGAACGAGACGGAUCGUGGUCGGACAAGGCAUCCUCCCGGGGCGACCCCAGUGCCUCGGAGACUUCUGGAGAAGAAGCGACGUCAUCGUCUCCGACCCCUCCGGAGAUCCCCGACGACCAGUUGCCAGCGGAGGUGUACGCCCAGGAGUACAAGGCCAAGAAACGAGUCAAUGAGCUGAAGCAGAUGCGGCAGUUCUUUCAGAAGGGCUCGAACCCGGAGAAGACGAAGGCUUGGGUGAAGGAGCAGCAGAAGAAGGAGCCAUGUUUUCUUUGCGGAAAGCUAGGACAUUGGAGCCAAGAGUGUCCGAUGCGGAAGCAAGGGACGAAGCCCCACCACUCCGUUCAUGUCACAUCGGCUGGCACAAGUUCAGACCCGGCGCAGUGGGAUCUCCUCCAGUCCAUCGCGGGAUAUACGGCCGAAGCUGAGGGACAUGGUUCGGGGCUGCAUGGGUGUUUGGUUGCUUCCGCUACGUACCAGAGCUCCCUCAUAGACUAUGAAGCCUUUUGGUCUCUUCGUGAACUUCAUAGUAGCUUGAUCCUGGACAUUGGCUGUAUGAAGUCGGUUGCGGGUACUAAAUGGGUCAACCAACACAUUCAGCGUCUCAAGAGCUUGGGUCGAUGGAUGAAGGCGGUUCCAGAGAGAGAGAGCUUUCGCUUUGGAGAUGGACAUGAGGUGUGGAGUGAGUUUUCCUUCAUCUUUGAGGCCACUUUGCUUGGGGUGCGGGUGGUGCUUCGCUUGAGUGUGGUUCCUGGGGACUGUCCUCCUUUGCUUUCUAAGCCGGCAUGUACACAGUUGGGCAUUGUCAUAGACACGGAGAACCACACAGUUUCGUCGCGAAAGCUCCGGGUGCGUAGGUAUGGGAUGAGUCAAACCUUUGGCCGUCACUAUGCCCUGCCCAUUGCUGAGUUCGAAGACCACAUGUCCCCCAUCGAGGACCCCGCUUGA